AGUCCAAGUCACGUGAUCGUCGACUCAGCUGACCUGGCGGGACCGGAAAAAGAAAUCCCCGGGCCCUGGCUUCCUCGCGCGAUGAUGAGGCACCAGGGGUGAAGCGGGCAUGGGCUGCUGGCGCGGGAAUGAGGGGGCGCCAGUGGCUCCGGAAACGGGUUGAGGUUGUCUGCACUGGCCGCUCCGCAAACACAGUGUGUGCGGGCGUCAGGGCAGCAGGUCUGGUAGAGAAAAGUCCACCGCCAUCCCUCUCCCGAGUGGGGCGGAGGUUUCGGUUCUGUGGUGAUCUGGACUGUCCUGACCGGGUCCUGGCAGAGAUCAGGACGCUGGCCAAGAUGUAUAAGAAGAUCCUGAAACUCACGGCUGAUGCCAAGUUUGUCAGGCGAUGUGAAGGCCACAGUGGCAGUGCUGAGUUUCAUCCUCUCCGAUGCGGCCAAGCACAGUGUCGAUGGCAAAUCCUUGGCCAGUGAACUGCAGCAGCUGGGGCUGCCCCAAAGAGCACGCGGCCAGCCCGUGCCGCUGUUAUGAGGAGAAGCAAAGCCCCUUGCAGAAGUACUUGCAGGUCUGCAGCCUACGCAGUAAGUAUGAGGCCAG